GUUAAAUUAAAAAGAGGUUAUAUUAUGUUAGAUUUGGAUAGUUACUGUCAUAAUAAUAACUUUGAUGAAUAAUAAUUAUUCUAAAGAUAAUAUAUAAAUUAAUAAAACAUGACGAGUCGUGUAAAAUCAGGUACAACUAGAAUAGAAGUUGAAAUAGAAAAGAGUAGAGAAGAAUCAAAUUGGUUGAAGGUUAUAGAACUAGCAGAACAGUUAAAGGAGAAGUCUCCAGAAUUUGUUUGUUUAGCUGAUUUUUUAAUUGGAGAAGGUAAAUUAGAAAACUUUUUGGAAGAAUGGCCACCCACGGAAGCAAAUGUAAAUAGAGCAAAACUUGGGUUAAUAGAAGCAAAACGUUAUCUCCAUCUAGUUGUUACUGAAGCAGGAAUUAAGGCUGGAGUGGCUAUGGAUGCACAUUUGCUUCUUGGAAAAUUGCAGUUUGCUUGUGGUCAGUAUGCUGAUGGUUUAAAACACUUUAAAUUAGCUGAUCUGCAAAAUCUAACAGAAAAGAAAUUACCACUACGUAGCUUAAGAAUAGUGGCUGAAUCAUAUGCGGUAAAGGCAUUAUGCCUCCAGAAAGAUGAUACUGCUGCUAGUAAAUUUAAAAAGGCUGAAAAACAAGAAGAGAUGAUUAAAUGCUUGGACUUAGCCACCGACUUAAGUUUACUUUAUAUGCAAAAAUUGGAAAAAGAACUAAAUUCCACAGUUCCUAGUUCAAAUACCGGUAGUCAUUCACCUCAGCCUCCUGCUCAACAAAAGCCAGUUGGAGAAAUAUUAGAACAAGCAAUACACUUAACUCCAAUAUUUCUUAUUCAACAACAUAAACCAGAAUUAGCACUAGAAAGGUACAGAAAUUCCCUAUGCGCUGUAGAAGCUCAUGGCGUUAAUAAUAUUAGACUGAAAUUUAUGUGUCAAAUGGCAGAAUUGUUACUUCAUGGUCUUGUAGGAGAGAAAUAUAAACCUCCUUCGAGUUCUCCUCCUAAGAGUUCUAUAUGGAAGCCUAAAUUUUAUGCAUCUUUAAAUCAAUUUAUUCCCAGAAAUGAAUGCGAAGAAACGAUAUUGCUACUUUUAGUUGCCGAAUCUAUGGCAGUUAGAAAUGCAGUAUUGUCGCAAUCACCGGAAUUUAGAGAUAUACGAUUAAGCGCCUAUCAGGAUGCUGUAACAGUAUACGAUUUACUAACAGUAGCUACAGUUCGUUGGGGACAAAUUGAUCUUUUACAAGAGUCGCUAGAACGUUCGAUGAAAUUUUCAUUUGAUGAAGCUCAUAUGUGGAAACAGUACGCAUUAAGUCUUUUAUCAAUCAAUAGCUUUGAUCACGCGUUAUCAGUGCUAAAGGAAGCCAUUAGAUUAGAGCCAAGUGAUGCCAGCAUCUGUCUUUUAGCUGCCAAAUUAUGUUACGAACAUCUUAAUUUAAUUGUUGAAGGUACAAAUUUUAGUAUGCAGGCAAGAGAAAAAGCCUUAACAUCAUCGGAAGGACUUUUGGGUAGAUGCCAUUUGUAUCUAGGUAUUGGUUACCACUUACAAGCCGAAGCCUGUCAGUUGCGAAAAGAAAAGGAUCAUUUGAGGCAUAAUGCACUUAAUAAUUUUAGAAGUGCUGUAGAAUUAGAACCAAACGACCAUUUGUCCAGAUAUUAUCUCGGACUACAGUUAGCUAUACUCGGAAACAUUCCAGAAGCUCAACAACACGUAUGUGUUGGUUUGGAUCUUCAUCCUGAACAUUCUACCUCUUUGCAUCUUCUUGUUCUGCUGUUAACGGCCCAGAGACAGCAUAGUAGUGCUCUUCUGGUGGUUGAAAAUGCCUUGGAAGAGUAUCCAGAUAGCCUCAAUCUCAUGUAUGUGAAGGCAUAUCUAGAUUUACAUGAGUUCGGAGGAGAGAAAGCCUUAGUAACAGCCAAACAGAUGUUAGAACUUUGGAAAAAUCUCUAUGAAGGCCAAACAAUUUCAGAUAUACCAGAAUGUGAUAGAAAAAGUGACACGAGAUCAGUCUUCCAACUAUACAGUUCAGAAAUGUCAGAUAAAGACUCAAGUUCCUUACAUCUGCACAAUCUGGCAGCCACAAGAGUAGAGCAAGCUCUUAGUGAGGUCGCUAGUUCCAUGAGCAGUUUUAACCCUAGACCUGGUCCUCAGCGAGCAUGGAUGCUGCAGGUCGAAAUCUGGCUGCUUUUAGCUGAACUGUACCUUGCUCUAGACCAGCCUGCUGACAUUCAAAUGUGCGUUCAAGAAGCCAUGCAGAUAUAUCCAUUGAGUCACCAUACAAUGCAUAUGAAAGGGCUUCUUCACAUGCAUAAACAAGAGUGGGCUGAUGCCAAAAUGUGCUUCCAAAAUGCUGUCGCUAUUAAUCCACUUCAUGUUCAGUCGUUGCAACAAUUAGGUUUAGUUUAUCAUUAUUUAGACCUUCAAGGAUUAGCUGAAACUACCUUGCGGGAGGCUGCUAAGAUCGAACCCAAAAAUCAUGUUACAUGGUACAACUUGGGCAAAGUCCUUGAAGCUCUUGGAGAAUAUGAAAAUGCCAGUAAUGCAAUGGCGACAGCUCUUCUUGAAGAACAAAAUAGUCCUAUUCUUCCUUUUAAUUCGGUCCCAAUAACUUUUGAAUAGAAUAGUUAGGUAAUUUGUAAAAAACGAUAAGGUCCUAUUCAAUGUGUUUAUAAUUAACGGGUACUUAGCUAAUCUUCAAGUUCAUCCAAUAAUAGUAUUUUACCAUUUAUAUAUAGUAUUUUGGAUAGUAAUUAAUAGGUACUGGUAACUUUUAUGAAUUUAAUAUACCGUUAAAGUUAAUUAACUAUGGAAAUACUGAGAGAUGAAAAAAGUCUUGAUUGUACGAAUAUAUAAACAAGAAAAUUUCUCGAAACAAGAACUAACCAGAAUAAUCACUAUUAGACUUCAAGAAAAUCUAAAGAUAAUACAUGGACUUGGUGCAAAAUAAAAAAACUUGGAGAGCUGGAAAAUAAUGCUCCAUGAGUAAAAAAUCGCAAAUAAUUACACCAAACAUAAACUAAAUAUACAAAAAUCUCAAUACACAGCUUCAAAUUUUCUCUUUAUAAAAAUGCAGUUAAGGGAAAUAUGUCACAAUUAUUAGCAAUGUAGUACAUCAAACCAUACUGCUGCAUUAGAGAAGAUUAGAAGAACAGCUUCUAUGAAGAGCAGAUUGUACAAAUGUUGAGAGAAUUACAUCCAGAAAAACUGACUGUUUGGUUUGCUUUGUGGGCUGGUGGAAUCAUUGGUCAGUACUUCUUCAAAAACGAUACUAGCCAGAACGCUACAGUCAAUGGUGACCGAUAUAGGUAAAAGAAAAACAUGUGAAUACUUUCUUAUUGAGGAAAUCGUAUCGUAAAAUUAAGAAUAUCAAUGUUAUUUUGUGUCAAAAGUUUAAAUGAUUUUUUCCUGUUAAAAUUUGUAGAUACCAAAAGUACUCUUUCUCGAAAAACCUGUUGUAUCAUACUAAUGUUGAAUAACUAUAAUACUAGGGGAACUUAGAAGGUAUUAUAUUUGAUGUAAAUCGAAAUGUAUAUUUUCGACAU